CGCUGAUAUAACCAUAGAACGCGCGACCACGGGUAGUGCAAAAGUUGCCAAAUCAUUGGUUUGUACUAAUUUGACAGGAUUGGAACGACAAAUGUUGUUUAAAAACAAUAUCAGACUUCAGACAUCUAUCUGGGACACACAGAAAAUUAGCGGGGAAGGCAAGAGAAAAGGAUUUGGCUAUCGCUUAUAGCCUUGCAAUAAUGAAGGCAUCGGGCAAAAUGGCGAAAGAUUUAACGCAGCGACAAGAGCAAAAACAUGUAUUUUUAUCCAUGUUAGCGCUUUCACAAACAUAAACCUGUCGGGUUAGGAUUUUAGGCCUGAUGGAGAAAAUUUUGUUGUUGGCCACACUAAACGGCUUGUGGGGCCGUCUGUUGCACAUCCUGGAAUAGACCAUGGACACUUUCUUUAACACUAGUUACUAGUACAUGCUUUCAAUCAAUAACAUUAGUGUCUCUGACAUACGGCCAAAAUAAGUCCUAAUCACUUUUCUUCAUUGCAGUUUUUAUGUAAAAAUGUCUGAUAAAAACAGCCAACUCAUUGUCGUUCUUGGGUUCUUUUCAACCGUGAUUGUUUGUCAUUGGAGUUUUACUUCGUUGUCGAAUGGAACUAGACAAGUCUAUGUUACACAUUACGACGUGGAACACCAUCGGAAACAAAGUGUUAUGGAUAUUAUUCAACAAGAAAUUCAAACCAUUACUAUGAAGUUGCUUAGGAACUUGACAAUGGAAAAUUACCGAAAAACAAUAUUUUAUGACACGGAAAUAGGAGAAUGCGAUUUGCUCAUUGAAAGACGUUGCUACAUCACAGUAGUUUACUUGGAAACAGUACCAUAUUCUCGAGCGGUAUCGAUUUGCCAGGAUAAAAAUUCAAGCGUCGCUCAAAUACCCGACGAAAUUACUUACAACAGCGUUGUGAAAAAUAUUCGUUCGAAAAUACCGGAUGACUGGAUUUCUACAUCAGUUUGGAUUAAAAGUCCAAUUAAUAAAAAGGUUGGAAUUUAUAUUUCCAUACUUUACAUCGAGUUGUGUAAAGGGACGGAAGCUUGUGGGCAUGGUGUAUAUUCACUUGGCUAA